GUGACAGAACCGAGGUAAGGCGAGGCAGCAGGUCCAUCAGCAAAAGCAAGGAAGAUUGAUUUAAGUGCUGCAUUGAGUUGGAAAGGUCAGGUACAAGCCAAAUCGAGGCGGUGGAGUCCAAGCCCCAGAGUGCCCAGAGUGUAUCAAAGCAACAGAACCCGAUGUUUGGAAGAUGAUUUAGGCGCCACGCCAGAUUGAGAGAUUCGGGGGGGGCGAGCCCCAAGAUCACGCUUGCUUGUUCUCUGCCCUAAUUUAAUGUGAGCGUUAUCUGGAUGAAUUGCAACAGAAAGCACUAUAAAACCCCAGGCAACUGUACGAUUUCCAGAUGGACCAUUCUCAAGUUACGCCAAACUGUUGUUAUGAUUCACAUGUAUCUGGAAAAAGAUUUUAAAACUGGAUGUCCGGAUUAUGGCCGCUAUCGUGUACCAGUGAGCCCAGACGCUGCUUGACCUGUUGAGUUCCUCCAGCAUUUUGUGUGUGUUGCUCUGGAUUUCCAGCACCUGCAGAAUCUCUUGUGUUUAGGCCUAAAGAUUUAAUCACUGCGGAGGAUUUCUUACUCUUGUGGGAUAACAUCUUCUUGACAAGGAAGGUCACUUUGCUUGGCAGAUCAGCUCCACCUCUCCUUCACCAGUCUUUCUCCAGUUUGCAUGCAAAUGGAAGACCUUCAGAAUAUUUAAAUUUAAAUCCUUCUUCAUGGGACAAAACAAGUCCAAGCUGGAGUGAGUCCCAAUCCCAUCCACUACAACAAGUUGAGUCUACAAGCUCAAACACAAAAGAUUCUGCAGAUGCUGGAAAUCCAGAGGAACUCACCAGAUGUGUCUGAGGCAAGGACUCAGAUAUUUUUCUGCUGUUCAGAUUGACCAAAAAACAGGAGCCAAAGCCUUUUAACGUCAGAGGAUCAGCAUGACCUCCUCAUACUGAUUUCAACAUGGAAUCCUAUUUGUGAUGAGCACCCGGUGGACUGCAAUCUUUUCCGGCUCCUUGACAUGUUUGUGAAUGGUUGACAUAAUGGUCUCAAAUUAAGUCAUGUCUCAAGAAUUUCAAUUACUUAAGCAUUGAGAUGUUUAUGUGCACUAGGGCUCUGUACAAAGGAGAAAGAAAAAAUUCAGAGCUCUGGACACAGAUUACAAAUACCUCUCUGUCUAGACUUGACUUCUAAUGUAAUGAAGCUGUCACAUCUUUCAACAACUCUGCAUUUGCUCUAACCGUGAUGCCGACACAAGCAGGAAAACCAAGUAAACGAAUUCUGUAAGUGCAACACUUUCUCCAUGUCUGCAGGUUUCUGUUUGGAAGAAAAUGGCUAAAAGCAGCUUUUUUUACGAUACGAACUUAUGGAUUUGUUAAAUUCAUUGGUCAUAUUAAACUCAAUAAGCAGGAAAAUGCAUUUGCACUCCUAUUAUCUUUCUAAUUCAGAGCUUUACUGGACGCAGUGGAACUCCAACAUUGAUGUGUAAUAUAAGGCUGUGUGGUUGAGUAAAGUGAAUUAUGAGUAACUCACAGCAGCCUAGGUGGCUGCAGAUAAUAUUCCGGCUUCUAAGGUAACAGUGCGACAGAAGUAGAGGGAGAACUGUGCUUCCUGUAACCUAGUGCUUCUGCAAUCACCGAUAUCUCCUGCACUCCCUUCUCCUCUGCAUUUUGAAAGCAGAAUGUAAAAGACUUGCACUUCAGUUGCUCUUGUCUCACCUCACAGUUCCUGUUGAUUGGUCCAGAAGAAAAGAAAACUCAGAAAUGGGAUAAGUGGUCAGCUUAGUUUGUGAAACUAACAUUGGCUAAGAUAGCAAGACAACUCAUUAUUUGUCUUCAAAAGGUGAUAUGGAAUAUUAAUAUUCUCAAAAAUGGAUCUAUUUGGGCUCCAUUAGCAACUUAUUUCCCAAUAACUCAUUAAAACCAGUACAGUUCUCCUUCAAUAUUAUACACUUGUUAAUGUAAUUAGUGCGGGUUCUAUGUUACUGGAUGAUGAACCUAGAGAAUGUAAAGUCUAAUGAUAGCUGGAAAGAUCCAGGAGUCAGUUCUCAGAAUGCCACUGUCGUUGGCCGAAUGAAAGAUAGUGAUGAAUCAGCAUAUAGGAGGGAGAUUGAAAAUCUGGCUGAGCAGUGCCACAAUGAAAAGCUCUCAGUCAAUGUCAGCAAGACCAAGGAGCUGCUUAGUGACUUCAGGAGGAGGAAACUAGAAGUCUAUGAGCCAGUCUUCAUGGCAGCAUCUAUCCUAAAGGAUCCCCACCAACCAGGUCAUGCUCUUUUCUCGCUGCUCCCAUCAGGAAGAAAGUACAGGAGCAUCAGGACCCACACCAGGUCCAGGAACAGUUAUUACCCCAACCAUCAGGCUCUUAAACCAGAGGGGAUAACUUCAUUCAUUUUCACUUGCCCCAUUAUUGAACUGUUCCCACAACUAUGGACUCACUUUCAAGGACUCCUCAUCUCAUGUUUUUGAUACUUGUAACACAAAGGUGGUCAUCCAGCCCAUCUAUCCAUUCCAGCACACAAAACAUUCCCAUCAAUCCCAUUUCCCUAUUUAUUUCCCUGUAAUUUCUUCAGUCUCACAUAUCCAUUAACUCUUCCCAAUUCUCCCACCAGAUACCUACACUUCAGGCCAUUUUACAAUAACUCAUGAGAUUAAAUGAGGGGCUCCCAACCUUUUUCAUGUCAUGGACCAAUACUAUUAAGCAAGGGGUGCAUGGGCCACAGCUUGGAGUCAGACCCAAGGGGGACUGCAGAACUGGGAAAUCAGCACUGUUUGAAAUGAAAGCUUGUACUUUUCAGGUGGUUACAGAGUGAGAUUGGUUGGUAAGGAUGUAAUUUAGUAGCAUGGUUCAGGUGUGAUUGUGAUCUGAUCUGAUCUGUAGAAGUUAGAUCAUACAACUUAAUAUGGUCUCUGCCCAGCAUUGCACAAUGUAAUUGCUGUAAUUAGUAAUUGGCUUUUAUGUCACAUGUACCAAGAAACAGUAAAAGGCUUUUCAUUGUGUGCUCUCCAGACAGAUCGUUCCAUACAUAAGGACAUUGAGGAAGUACAAAAAUACAACAAAAUAGCAUUCAGGAUAUAGUGUUACAGAAAACCUGCACUGCAGGUAGAGAAAUUAAUUACAAGGUCAUGACACAAGGUAGGUUGGGAGAUCAGAGGUUUAUUUUUAUCAGAUAGUGUUACAAACUUCCAAGUUGUAAGCUUGGGUGUCCCAAAACUGAGCAACGAAAGUGAACAGAAGGUUGUGAACUAUAUGCCUAAGUGACCGGGCAUGCAGUAUGGGAAAGAUCUUUUCACAGGACAAAUGGCCCAAGAUGGAUAUAAUUGUGCUUCAUUUUGGGAAGAGGGCAUUUUUGGCAACUUAGCACUGAAAAACAUUGCCCAGAAGAAGGCAAUGCCAAAUGACUUCUAUAGAAAAAAGUGCAAACAGCCAUCAUUGUCAUGGGAAAACCAUGAUUGCCUAUGUCAUACAAUAUGGUACAUAACAAAUGAAUGAGCACUGAAGCAAUCAAUCCUUGAAUACUUAAUUUUUGAGUCAUUUUUUUCAUUCGUCUCUGACAAACAUGAUUAGCCCUUUACUGUCUGAUAAAUUGGCUAAGCAAAUUCAUUUCCUUUUUACAUUAAGCCACUACGAAUCAAUUCCACUACUCUUCCUCAAGGCUGUAAGUAGUGGUCUAGCCAAGAGAUCAGAAUGUGAGGCUUUGAGUCCACACCACCUUGGUGCAGUAUGGGAAAACUAAACUAAGACUGUUGUAAGCUCCCCUCUGUAAGAUUGUUGGUUGAUGCUUCAAUGUAUUGCAUGGAAGUUUACAUAAUGGAUGGAAAACAUUGAUGAAGGAAGGGAAAGGUAGUGGACUUGUCUCAUUGUCUACAUGCAAGGCCUUUGACAAAAUGCAACCUAAGAGGCUGGUUCAGAAGGUUCAUUUGCUUAGUAUUCAAGGUGAAGUAGUAAAUUAGAUUGGACUUUGGCUUAGCAAAAGAAGCCAGAGAAUGGUAGCAGGUGGUUGCCCUUCUGACUGGAGGCCUGUGCCACAGAGAUCUGUGUUGGUUCCAUUGUUGUUUGUCAUUUAUGUUAAUGACUUGGAUGAUAAUACAGUAAACUGGAUCUGCAGAUCUGCAGAUGACACCAUGAUUGCAGGCGCAGUGGACAGUGGAGAAAGCUACUUAAGCUUGCAGUGGUCCUGGAAAAAUGGGCUGAAAGUGGCAGGUGGAAUUUAAUGCAGACAAAUGUGAGAUGUUGCACUGCGGGAGGACAAAGCAGAGUAGAACUUUGGAGCAUAGGAGAAUGAGGGGAAAUUUGAUAAAAGUAUACAAAAUGAUGAGAUCUAUAGAUAAGGCAAAUGCAAGCAACACUCACAAAAAAUGCUGGAGGAACUCAGCAGGCCAGGCAGCACCUAUGGAAAAGAGUACAGUCGACAUUUCAGGCUGAGAUCCUUCAUCGGUGCUGGAAAAAAAGAUGAGAAGUCAGAGCAAGAAGAUUGGGGGAGUGCAGGAAGAAGUACAAGGUAGUAGGUGAUAGGUGAAACCAGGAGUGGGGAAGGGGAAGUAAAGAUCUGGGAGGUUGAUAGAUGAAAGAGGUAAAGGGCUGGACAAAGGGGGAUCUGAUAGGAGAGGUCAGAAGGCCAUGCAAGAAAGGGAAGGGGGAGGAGCACCAGAGGGAGGAGAUGGGCAGGUAAGAAGAUAAGGUGAGAGAGGGAAACAGGAAUGUGGGAAUGGUGAAGAGGGGGAGGGUAAUACAAGAAGCUCGAGAAAUCGAUGUCUAUUCCAUCAGGUUGGAGGCUUCAUAGAUGGAAUAUAAGGUGUGUGACGAGAAUACACAUAAAAUUAAGAUGUUUGCUGGCCUGGGUUAGCAUCAGUGACAUCAGCAAGUGGUCUGCCACCUGCCCUCAGGGGAAGGAGAGAUAAGGAACAAUGGAGCAGCGUCUGGAGAUGUGUAAUGAAGGGAUGGGGUAGAGAGAGCUGUCUGGAGCGGCUCCCCCCUUUGAACCUUGAACUGUUUGAAGUGAUGGACAGGCGAUACCCCAGCAGGGGGAUAAAAAGGGACCGGUUUGCUAAGGCAGGACACACGCCACCCGAGGUAACGAGACCCUGGAAGCGGUACGCUUCUCACAAGUCGGUGAGAAGUACCAGACAACGGCCAGGGUGGAAAGGUACGAUCAGCGGGAACCCGGUGUGUGUCCGCCCUUGCCUGGGUGCCGGGUUCACUGCAGAGGAUCGACCGCAUCUGGAGGAGGGGUCACAGUCGGUGACCUCAGGUGACAUCACCAAGGACCCGCCCAAAAUCGCCGGUCUGUGAGUGAAGCCGUGUAUGAAUAGUUGUUCCUGUUCUCUCUCUCUCUCCCCGCACGUUGUCCAUCGCCAUGGCAACGAUUACUGCGAACUGAACUACUAAACUGGACUGAACUUUGAGUCACUUUGAAAUUUGGUCAUUUACCCCUAGACAACGAUAGAGCUUGAUUGAUGCUGUUAUCUUAAUUCUGUGCACAUGUGUGUUUAUCAUCGCUGAACUGUUGCAUUUAUUAUCCUUUCGAUUACUGUGUUGCUUGUUUCUUUAAUAAAACUUUCUUAGUUCUAGUACUCCAGACUCCAACUGAGUGAUCCAUUUCUGCUGGUUUGGCUACCCAGUUACGGGGUACGUAACAUAAGUGGGGUUCUCGUCCGCGAUUUUGAACGCUAAAUUUGGGACGGAGUAAAUUGAUUGGGUUAAAAUUCCCGAAAGAAAGAAAAGACAAACAGCAGAAAUGGAGACUGAGGAAUUUAUAAAGGCGCCGACCUUGGAGGCAUUAGAGGAUGCCAGGAAAUCGGAAUUGGUAGCUGUGGCCAAACGGUUGAAUCUUGCUAAGGUGAAGUCGACAAUGAGGAGAGAGGAGAUACACAGAGCUAUUGUAGAGCACUAUGUAUCUAAAGGUAUGUUUCCCCAAGGUGAGCUGGGGGUGGUGUCUAUUGAAAAACCUGCUGGAGACGCAGUACAGGUACAGCUUGAAAAACUGAGACUCGAGCACGAGUUCCGGGUACGGCAGUUAGAACACAAAGAGAAGCAGAGAGAAAGACAGUUGGAGAGAGAAGAGAAAGAGAGGGACAGACAGUUAGAGAGAGAGGAGAAAGAGAGGCAAUGGGAGCGAGAAGAGAGAGGGAAACAGAGGGAAAGGGAAUUUGAGCUGGAGAAGUUAAAGAUAAGGGCCGAGCAGGGGCUCGUGCCGAACCAAGGUGGAGGGUUCCGGGCAACCCAGGAGGUUAGGCUGGUUCCCCCAUUUGACGAUACCGACGUGGAUCGGUACUUCCUCCACUUCGAAAAAGUGGCUAUAAGUCAGGACUGGCCGAGGGAUAAGUGGGUUGUUUUACUUCAGAGUGUACUGAAAGGGAAGGCCCAACAAGCUUACUCAGCUUUGUCCGCGGAAGAUGCCCAGAAGUAUGAGGUGGUGAAAGAGGCCAUCCUCAGGAUUUAUGAGUUGGUCCCGGAGGCAUACCAGCAGAGGUUCCGGAAUGCGAGGAAGCGGUGGGACCGCACGUAUUUGGAGUUUGCCCGUGAGAUGCAGACAUAUUGUGAGCGUUGGUGCGCCUCGAAAGGGGUAGAGGGGGAUUAUGACAGACUGCUACAACUGAUCCUGAUUGAGCAGUUUAAAGGUUGUGUCCCUGAGGGUAUGAGACCCUACCUCGAUGAGAAAGAGGCAGCCACGUUAGCUGCAACUGCUAAGUUAGCGGAUGAGUAUGCGUUGACGCAUAAAAUGAAGUUUGCCCCGAGUAAAGGCUACCAGAAGGGUAGUCAGGACGGCGGGGAGAGUCCGCCGGAAAAGUCAGAAAGUAAGCCGGGGACUAGUGAAAAGGAUAAGGUAGACCGGGAGCAGUCUGGUAGGAAGUCUCCUGGGGUCGUCUGUUAUAAUUGUGGGAAAGUCGGACACUUUGCGUCCAGGUGCUUUGCCCCAAGGAAGGAGACGGGGAAAGGAAAAGCGGAAAUUUUGAAUGGCUGUAUCGAGCUGUUAAGCGAACCGCUAGGGAAGGACAGGUCUGAAAAAGUCCAGGAAGGGCGCGAGAGGUUUACCUCGGCCGGACUGGUGUCAGUGAAGGAGAGGUUAAAACCAGUUCCAGUGCGGAUCUGGAGAGACACGGGAGCGUGUCAGUCACUAAUACUGAAGAGUGUAUUAGAGUUUAGCUCAGAGACCCAGACUGGGGAGGUAGAGGUCAAAGGUGUUGGGGAAGGGACAGAGUCAGUCCCUUUGCACCAGAUACACUUACAGAGCAACCUGGUCUCUGGACUAGUCACGAUCGGGGUGAGGUCCGAAUUACCGAUGAAAGACGUGGAAGUCUUGCUCGGUAAUGACAUCGCCGGAGGAAUCGUGUUCCCAGUCGUGAGAUUGACAGGUCAGCCUGCCAGCAUUGAGGCCCCGCCCAUGGACUCACAGGUUCAUCAUGGGGCUGCGGUAGUGAAUUUAGCUGUGGUGGUAAAUUUAGCUGAAACAUUUCUGCCAACCUUGUAUGAGACGAGGUGUAGUGAGACAAGAGGCAGUGAGGGAGCUGGGACAGACGUAGCAGUAGCCAGGAAAGAAUUUGUGCAGACGCAGGAGCGAGACGAGGGGCUGAUGGUUUUUGCAGAGACCGCUCUCUCUGACACAGCCUUGACAAGGGAACUAGUAGGCUAUUGUGCGGAGGAGGAAGUGCUAAAAGGGAAAUCAAGUACAGUACCCGCAGAUGAGGAAUGGGGGGUGGUGCAAAAGAGUUAUGGGGAUGAGGUUUUUAACAUGGCCCACGAGGUACCCCCCGGUGGACAUUUUGCGGUGCUGGAGGAAACAGUUGGUGGAAUCAUGAAAGAGAUUUACCGGCUGCCCAGGGGGAAGAAUGUUAUUGAUCAUGACCGACGCGAACUGAGACGGUCACCGGCUUUUGAUAUGCUAACAAACCUAGUCGGUGUUAGCGUGGAAAUCAAUGAAGCUAGGGGCCCCCUGAUAAGAGGAAAAAACCAUUUUGAAAAGAUUAGAAUGGGAUCGAUCAAAUGGGAGAAGGUUAUUGUUUUGGCCAGGUCUACUGAUAAGGUCUCUCUCUUAAUCCCCGAACAAAGCGAAUCUUUAGAAGAAGUAAUUAAACGACUCGCACCCGUGUGUUUGAUUGUCCCGAGGAAAUGCAAAGAACUGGGACGUUGGGUGAUGUCUGUUACAAUAGGGCAGCCUAGUAAAGAACACUCAUAUAUAAUGAGUAAUUCAGUGACUAAAGGGCUGAUGAACACAGAGGUGUGUAUUGGCAAUUUAAUACGGCUGUCUGAAGCCAGCUUGAUAGUGAACCUUGAAAAAAAUGAAUUCGGCCACACGAGGGUCACUUACCUAGGAAUUGUGGUGACACGGGCAGCUGGCAGCGAUGCAAGCUACAGUGCAGGCUAUCGCUGACCUCCCAACCCCGACAGACAAGAGGGCCCUCAGAAGGCUCUUGGAGAUGGUGGGGUACUGCAGGAAGUUUUGCAAUAACUCUGCGGUCAAUACCCAUCCCCCUCCUACUAAGCCCUUGCGAGAGAAAACUGAGUCGGAAUGGGACGACCCUUGUUAUUGUGGUCCGGGACAAAGCCAAAUGAGAGGUUACAUUGAUCGCAAUUCAUCAGUGUUUUUGGCCACUAUGAAGUUUGCUGAGUUGGAGCCUGGUCUAAGGGAUUAUUAAUAACACGUGUAAAAGGAACAGAAAAUGUGAUGACUGUCUGUCAAGGUGUUGACAGCUUCAAACUCGCUGUGUUAGCCAAAUAGCUGAUAAAGAUGUAUAUUUGUGUAUGUAUCAAAUAAUGUAUUCAUGUUUGUAAUUUUUACCUCCCGGUAAAAAUCCUUAAAGGGGGGAAGUGUGACGAGAAUACACAUAAAAUUAAGAUGUUUGCUGGCCUGGGUUAGCAUCAGUGAUAUCAGCAAGUGGUCUGCCACCUGCCCUCAGGGGAAGGAGAGAUAAGGAACAAUGGAGCAGCGUCUGGAGAUGUGUAAUGAAGGGACGGGGGAGAGAGAGCUGUCUGGAGCGGCUCCCCCCUUUGAACCUUGAACUGUUUGAAGUGAUGGACAGGCGAUACCCCAGCAGGGGGAUAAAAAGAGAUCGGUUUGCUAAGGCAGGACACACGCCACCCGAGGUAACGAGACCCUGGAAGCGGUACGCUUCUCACGAGUCGGUGAGAAGUACCAGACAACGGCCAGGGUGGAAAGGUACGAUCAGCGGGAACCCGGUGUGUGUCCACCCUUGCCUGGGUGCCGGGUUCACUGCAGAGGAUCGACCGCAUCUGGAGGAGGGGUCACAGUCGGUGACCUCAGGUGACAUCACCAAGGACCCGCCCAAAAUCGCCGGUCUGUGAGUGAAGCCGUGUAUGAAUAGUUGUUCCUGUUCUCUCUCUCUCUCCCCGCACGUUGUCCAUCGCCAUGGCAACAAUUACUGCGAACUGAACUACUAAACUGGACUGAACUUUGAGUCACUUUGAAAUUUGGUCAUUUACCCCUAGACAACGAUAGAGCUUGAUUGAUGCUGUUAUCUUAAUUCUGUGCACAUGUGUGUUUAUCAUCACUGAACUGUUGCAUUUAUUAUCCUUUCGAUUACUGUGUUGCUUGUUUCUUUAAUAAAACUUUCUUAG